AUAAGAACAACAUCUAAAUUGAUGGACUUUUUAAAAAGGAAAGAGAUCACCCUUCAUAAUGUGAGUGGACCUCACAUGGUCAACUGAAGCCUUAGUAGAACAAGAAUGAGCGAUGCUGGGCGCCAUGGCACACGCCUGUAACCCCAGCGGCUUGGGAGGCUGAGGCGGGAGGACGGUGAGUUCAAUCCCAGCCUCGGCAGAUUAGUGAGGCCCGUAGCAUCUCAGCAAGACCGUCUCUAAAUAAAGUAUAAAAAAGGGCUGGGGAUGUGGCUCAGUGGUAAAGCAGCCCUGGGCUCAAUCCCUGGUUCUAAAAGAAAGAAUGAGCAGGAGGGACUUGGCCAGCAUUGUGCCCUUGGACGGGAACCGCCUCCUGGGUCUCCAGCCUGCCUGCCCACUAUGCAGAAUUUGAACUUAAGUCAUCUGCAGUCACAUGAGCCAAUUCCUUGAAGUCUGUCUCCCUCUUGUAUGUCCCCUGUGCUGGGGACUAAACCCAGGGCUGCUCCACCCCUGAGCUGAGUCCCAACCCUUUUCAUUCUUUAUUUUGCGACCCAAGGAUCUGGCAUCACUGAGAAUCAGCCCAGCUCUGUGCAGCCCCCGAACUCAUUGUCUCCCACACCCUGUGUCCAUGCCUGGUGCUGACCACCCUGGGGAGACCUCAGCUCAACUGAAGGCCUGGAGGGGAGCGACUGUGGCCAGCUAGCUGGAGCCUGGUCCCUGACUUCUGGAGGGACAUGUCCUGGCCUGUGUCCACCUGCAGGGGACAGGAGGGCCUUUCCUAGCCCACAGCUCCUGUCCGCAGCCCACCCAUCAGGACCAUCGGUGUGGAGGGUCUCAGAGCUCAGGAGGCAGACAGGAAGGCCACGAGAGGCUGGGCCAGGGACAAAGGACGGUACCUGGAGCUCCCUGCCGGGGCUCGCGGAGGUGAAGGCUGGCAUCUCCUAAUCAAGGCCGCGUGUGACUUGCUCGGGGGCGCGGUGCAGAGCUGGCUAGGGCUUGACCUGCUUCGGCUCACGUGGCCUCCCUGUUCUGUGGUGCUGGGGACGCGGCCCGGACCCCACGAAUGCUAGGUCAGCACUCUGCCCCGAGCUGCACCCCCGGCUCACGGGGCCUUGGCGGUCACCUUACCAGGAUGGGAAGAUAACGGUCACACCUUGAAAGGUAGAAUAGCACAGGGCCUGGCAGGUGGAGAGCCCUCGGGACACGUCACGGUAGGAACACCCCGUGGGCAAGAUGUCCUGGACUCCAGAGCCCAGGGCACAGGUCUGCCUCCCCAGGAGCUCCCAGCUGGCCGGGCCGUCUUCCUCCCACCCAGCUCAGCGGCAGCAGGGCUGACCCGACGCACUUUGAUUGACCUGGCGAGCGCCAGGGGAAGUCCACCUGCCUUUUGGGACUCUGGGCAGCUGCCCCUGGACCUCAGUUUCCCUGUCUGUGUGAUGGGUAGAGUGCCUAUCUGCAGCCACCCAGUGUGGACACCAAAGCCACCUGGGCUGUCCUGCAGGGGCCCUGAGGUCUGUGUCCAGCUGCAGCCGUGUGCCUCGCUGGCCCUGACCCUCGUGCUGUGCCCAGCCCAGCUUGCUGCACCAGUGGCUUCCCAGCUCCAACAUCCCUCUGUCCCCUCCUCACGAAUGACACAGGCCUCGUGGUGCCCCUGUGCCUGUGCCGGGGGGCCCUUCCCCACACCUGGGUCUCGAGGGGUCCCGGUGUGGGGAGGGCAGCCCUGCCCACCCCCACAGGAGGCGCGGUGACGGCUCCUGCGGACAGAAACCUCGGGGGCAGGCCUGGGGCCACCAGCGGAUCCCGAGUCCAGGCCUCGCCUGCCGGGUUCUCUGCUUUUCGGUGCUGGGGUGUGAGCCCACCGCUGCGUCCCCAGUCCCUUUACUUUCUGAGACGAGGUCUCACUGAGUUGGCCAGGCUGGCGGGGAGGCUGUGGUCCUCCUGCCUCAGCCUCCCGAGUUGCUGGGAUCCCAGCGUGGCUGCCACGUCCCACUUGUUUCAAAUGCCCACCGACUGACCUUGGGGACAUUGCGAGGGAGGGGAACCCCCAACUCUGGAGCUGCUGAAGACGUCCAGCUCCUUCAGGGCAACUUUGAGACACUCUGGGGACAUGUGGGGACAUUUUCAGCUGGGGAAGGAGCCAGGGAUGUCCCUCGUGGCUGUUAUAAAAGGGACCAGCUAGCACUUUGGCAAUCUCGCCUUUCUCCAGGGCCUGCUCAGAGCCCUGCUGUUUGCACGUGCUGUUAUUUAAUUCCCACACCACAGUCCCAUGAGACAGUUAUUAGUGUGAGUGGGGAGGAAACAGAGCCUCAGAGAGGUUAACCAACCUGCCUGUGGUCACACAGCAGAGCUGAUGUCAGAUAAAGGUCAGUCAGAAUCAUGCUGCCUCAGGGUUCCCAGCAGGAAUUGGUCCCAAGACAAGGCUGGUACAGGUGCUGGUGACAUACAGGUGAGAAGGACCUUACUGCCCAGAGUGGAUCCUUGAACAGGGGUGGGGCCGCGUCAGAGGAGGAGCGGGCUUGACCGGGGUGGGUAGGGAGGAACCCUGGGGUCUCUGUCACCUCUUCGUAUUUUGGAGCCCCCUCCUGUCAGCACUAGGGACCCCACCUAAGGCGAAAGCCAGGGACAGCUCUGGUCAGCCGGUUUGCCGGCCGAGGCUGCGUGAGGCCCCACGUCAGGGCGUGGCCCGGCUCUGCUGGUGGCGUGUCCUCAUCCACCUCCGGGCCGGCACCCCGACUCUACGGAAUUCCAACUUCCUGUCUGACAGCACCCCUGCCCUGGGCGCAGAGUCCUGGGGCCUCGGGGGCUCAGCACAGAGCUGGCCGGGUGCUGGGCUGACCGCAGCCGCUGUCAGGAGCCAGGCCCCCAAACAGCAGCCCUGUGACGUCACGUGGCGUGGCGGGUAGGCCACCUGCCUGGGGUCAGACUGUGGCCUGAGUCCCCGCGUGGCUGCACUCCGAGCUCCUCCAUGCUGGGCCUCCUCACCUGUGAGGUGGGGUUGGGGACGCUCCGGCUGUGGGGAGCCCUGGAGGAGAGGGGGCGGCGGGCGCCCCUGGUCCUGGCUCCUGCUGACAGAGGCCACUGGCACCGGACACGCCGGGGCCGGGUACCACGGGUCAGGCCCAGGCUUGUGGGGCUCUGGAGUUGGUGGCCACUCUCUCCUGGGAGUGCCGCGUCCUCGACCUCUGAAGUGUCGGCCGUGGGGGGAGGAAAGCUGUUCCCAGCCAAGUGGCGGAGGUGAGGGUGUGGCCAGCCGAGGGGCUCCUCUCCCAGAAGGGAGCCCGCAGCGCAGGGCCCCUCCUUCUGCCUCCUUCCCUGCCGCACCCGCCCUGGCGCCCCACGGUCGCGGCCGGACUGUCGCUAUGUAAAUGUCUGUGCAAAUGCCCUGUGUCAGCCUCCGGCUCCCGGGAGGCAGGGCCGCUGGACCUCACUCGCGGCCAUGGGGCCCCAGGCCAGGACGCUGCACUGCUUGCUGAUCUUGCUGCAGGCGCUGGCGGGGCCGGCGGCCCACAACUCCGACUUCUAUCUGGCUGGGGACUACCUGCUGGGCGGCCUCUUCACCCUCCACGCCAACAUGAAGGGCCCCGCCCACCUCAAUGUGCUGCAGGUGCCCAAGUGCGAGGAGUUCGAUGUGAAGGUGCUGGGCUACAACCUCAUGCAGGCCAUGCGCUUUGCGGUGGAGGAGGUCAACAACCAGAGCAGCCUGCUGCCCGGUGUGCGGCUGGGCUACGAGAUGGUGGACAUCUGCUACCUCUCCAACAACGUGCAGCCCGUGCUCUACUUCCUGGCGCAGGACGACUACUUCCUGCCCGUCCUCGAGGACUACAGCCACUACGUGCCCCGCGUGGUGGCCGUCAUCGGCCCCGACAACUCUGAGGCCACCAUGACGGUGGCCAACUUCCUCUCCCUCUUCCUCCUUCCACAGAUCACCUACAGCGCCAUCUCCGACCAGCUGCGCAACAAGCUGCGCUACCCGGCCACGCUGCGCACGGUGCCCAGCGCCAGCCACCACAUCGAGGCCAUGGUGCAGCUGAUGCUGCACUUCGGCUGGAACUGGAUCGUGGUGCUGGUGAGCGACGACGACUACGGCCGCGACAACAGCCAGCGGCUGGGCGACCGGCUGGCGGACGGUAGCGACAUCUGCAUCGCCUUCCAAGAGGCGCUGCCCAUGCCCGCGCCCGACCGGACGCUGACGCCCGCGCAGCAGGCGCGCCUGGGGGACAUCCUGCUCAAGCUGCGGCGCAGCACGGCGCGCGUGGUGGUGGUCUUCUCGCCCGAGCUGGUGCUGCACGCCUUCUUCGCAGAGGUGCUGCGCUGGAACCUCACCGGCACCGUAUGGAUCGCCUCCGAGUCUUGGGCCAUCGACCCCGUGCUGCACAACCUCACCGAGCUGCGCCGCACGGGCACCUUCCUGGGCAUCACCAUCCAGAGGGUGCCCAUGCUGGGCUUCAGCGAGUUCCGCGUGCGCCGCUCUCAGGACGGGCCGCCGCCCCCCAGCGGGACCAGCCCGCGGGCCACCUGCAACCAGCAGUGCGACGCCUGCCUGAACACCACCGAGUCCUUCAGCGCCAUCCUCACCAGCUCCGGAGAGCGCGUGGUCUACAGCGUGUACUCGGCCGUCUACGCCGUGGCCCACGCCCUGCACAGCCUCCUGCGCUGCACCCAGACCAGCUGCGUCAAGGAGGUGGUCUACCCCUGGCGGCUCCUGGAGAAGAUCUGGAAGGUGAACUUCACCCUCCUGGGCAACCAGAUCUUCUUCGACCAGCAGGGGGACAUGCCCAUGCGCUUGGACAUCGUCGAGUGGCAGUGGGACGUCAGGCAGAAUCCUUUCCGCAGCAUCGCCUCUUACUACCCCACCCAGGGGCAGCUGAGGGACAUCCAGAACGUCUCCUGGCACACCCACAACAACACGGUGCCCACGUCCAUGUGUUCCAAGGACUGUGAGCUGGGCCAAAGGAAGAAGGCCGUGGGCAUCCACCCCUGCUGCUUCGAGUGCAUCGACUGCUCCCCGGGCACCUUCCGCAACCAGACCUCAGAUGAGUUUGUGUGCCAGCCCUGCCCGAGCGCCAUGUGGUCUCGCAGGAAAGACACCUCCUGCUUCCAGCGGCGGCUGGCCUUCCUCGAGUGGCAGGAGGCCCCCACCAUCUUCGUGGCCUUGCUGGCCGCCCUGGGCUUCUCCAGCACGCUGGCCAUCCUGGUCAUAUUCUGGCGGCACCGCCCGACGCCCAUGGUCCGCUCGGCCGGAGGCCCCAUGAGCUUCCUGAUGCUGGUGCCGCUGCUGCUGGCCUUCGCCAUGGUGCCGGUGUACGUGGGGCCGCCCACGGUCCUCACCUGCCUCUGCCGCCAAGCCUUCUUCACCCUCUGCUUCACCGUCUGCGUCUCCUGCAUCGCCGUGCGCUCCUUCCAGAUCGUGUGCAUCUUCAAGAUGGCCAGCCGCCUCCCGCGGGCCUACGGCUUCUGGGUGCGCUACCACGGGCCCUACGUCUUCGUGGCGGUCAUGACGGCCAUCAAGGCAGCCAUCGUGGCGGGCAACAUGCUGGCCACGACCACCAGCCCCACCGUCCGUUCCGACCCCGACGAUCCCAACGUCAUGAUCGCCUCCUGCCACCCCAACUACCGCAACGGGCUGCUGUUCAACACCAGCAUGGACCUGCUCCUCUCCGUGGUGGGCUUCAGCUUCGCCUACCUGGGCAAGGAGCUGCCCACCAACUACAACGAGGCCAGGUUCAUCACCCUCAGCAUGGCCUUCUCCUUCACCUCCUCCGUCUCCCUCUGCACCUUCAUGUCGGUGCACGACGGGGUGCUGGUCACCAUCAUGGACGUCCUGGUCACGGUGCUCAACUUCCUGGCCAUCAGCCUGGGCUACUUCGGCCCCAAGUGCUACAUGAUGCUCUUCUACCCGGAGCGCAACACGCCAGCCUACUUCAGCAGCAUGAUCCAGGGCUACACCAUGAGGAGGGACUAGCCCUGCCCGCGGGCCUCUGGGUGUGCAAGACGGGGGCCAAGGUCUUGCUCGUGGACUCACGAGAACGGGGUGGUCACGCCUGGGUAUCCACCUCGCCCUGGGCUCCCGCCUGGCAUUCCUCUGAGGUUUGCAGCCUGGCCUUUAACCCACUCGGCGAUGGAUGCCCAAAAAUAUCCACGCUUCCUUCCUUUCCCUUGAGCUGUUCCACUUGGCGGGGGCUGCCACGCGCUUCUGAUGACCCAAGGUGACCUACGGUCUCCAAGGACAGUCUGACUUUGCAGCUCACUGCCGCCACCCGGUGGUCACGCUGGGCACCUGCAGGUUGCGGCUCACUGUCCUGAGUCACGUUGGAGGUGGAGGGAAACCAGCCGCUGGGGCUGG